AUGAGAGCCUGGGAGGAGGAGUUGGCCGUCCGAUUGGGGUCUGGAUUGUGGGGCCUCCCUGCUGCUGCGGAGUCGGGGUGGUCUGCUUCUCUCCACCCCAGGGAAGAGGGUAACUGUCACGACCGGGCGGCCAGACACAGACCCGUGCUUUCAGGGAAGCUGCCUUUGCAACGAGUCAGUGACACCAAAGAACAUCUGUUCCAGCUGCUGUCAGUCCUCCUCCUGGUGCCUCUGCUGAGCAGCUGUGCUCCUCUCCUCCUCCCGCUGGACUGCAGCGACAUCUACAACGAAGACAGCAGCCGACCCAGCGGCGUGUACACCAUCUAUCCCAUCGGAGCCACGUCUGCUGUCCAGGUGUACUGUGACAUGGACUCACUAAAUGGACGCUGGACGGUGUUCCAGAGGAGGACGGACGGCUCGGUGAACUUCUACAGACCCUGGAGUCAAUACAAGAUGGGCUUCGGUAUCCCUGCCAGAGAGUACUGGCUCGGCCUCGAGAGUCUCUUCCACCUCACUCUGAGGAAAAAGUACGAGCUGCUGGUCGACAUGGAGGACUUCAGUGGAAACAAGUCGUUUGCCCGUUACUCCUCGUUCUCCAUCGAUCCAGAGGCCGACGGAUACAGACUGCACGUGUCUGGAUUCAUUAACGGAGGGGCAGGAGACAGUCUGAGUUAUCACAACGGACAGAAGUUCACCACAUUUGACAAAGACCAGGACAGCUCGUCAAGGAACUGUGCCAAAUUAUACCUGGGGGCGUUCUGGUACAACGACUGUCACAAGGCAAACCCUAACGGGGUUUAUCGUUGGGGGGCUGAUGGUACUAUCUUUGCUGUUGGUGUGGAGUGGUACCACUGGAAGGGUUUUGACUACUCCCUGAAGACCAUCAGCAUGAAGAUCCGUCCUGUGCAGUAA